AUGUCCAAUGUACCAUCAACAGACGCCCAGAUGCCACAGACUACAACGACGACGACGACGACGAAAAUGCGAUUGCCCAAUGUUAAGGAGCUUGCCAAGAGAUUCGAGACUGGAGCCCGAAUCGAGCACAAACCGGUGACCGCAAAACGGAUUGGCAAGUUCCGAGUGGUUGAAAACAUUCAACAGCCGUGUACCUCCUCCUCCUCCUCCCCAUCCUGCCGAGUAAUUCGUGGCAGCGCUAUUCCGCGACGAAAAAGUUCGUUGAAACGACGAACGCGGAGCAAUAGCGAGUUGGCAGCAGCAGUGCUCGUCGUCACAUCUUCUGACUUUCGGAAGAGCAAAUCGACGGACGACUUCUCGCCCUCUGGAGGAGGAGCAACGACUUCUGUUUCUUCACAGGAGGCUCCGCCCAGUGAUAACAAGUAUACAGAGAGUGCGGAAUCAUCGCCAAGGCCUGCUCCUAGGUUACGUCUCCAAACAACAAGCAUGAUUGUUGAAUCCACAAAGAAGGACACCAUCCCAGUCUACGAGGAGCGUUGUCGGGUCUCCCUAACCAUUCCGAGUCAGGAACCGUCCUCCUCCUCAGCGGUAUCCCCUCCGCCACCAAUACCCAGUGCGCCACCGUCCAGGGAACGUAUCAAACGGAUACCUUCUUAUUUGAAGCCGACACCAGCGCCAAGGUCGAGUACGCUACCGAGACCGCGGCCGCCACCACCGCCGACUGCUCCACCGGUUAACUUCAGGAGCUCCACGCUGAAUUCUAAUUCUGGAGCCCUGCCUAGAAUCCCCAACAUCCCGGUGCCAGAUGUUCCGUCGUCCGCAACAGCUACAGUAGCUACAGUAACCGACGACGACGACUGCUACGAAGAAAUUAUGCUGGUCACCUCCCAAGAAUGUAUCCCUACUCAUAUCAAGUCCAAUUCGGAAUACUCUUACGAGUCGACAGACUUCACACGCUCAGAUCCGUUUGCUACAGUACCCCGAAGGUCACAGCUACAGUAUCCUAGAGUCUCCCAGGACGAAGAAAUUUUCGAUGAGGCCGAGGAGGAGUUUGAGGUUCCUACUACGGUAGUAAAAGAGAGAUUCCAGUCUGCCACAAUGCAACGGGCGCCGAAGAGCUCGAAGAGGAUGAGCUCGAUGGAGUUGGAGAAGUUGUUCAGGUUUAAGAGCGAGUUGCAGUUGAAUUUGUCGAAAAAGGUUGGCCAAUUACGACAAAAAGUCGGCGACAAACAAGCGAAACGACGAUCUAAGUGCCACGUUAGUGUCGACUUGCUCGACACGGAUUUUAGUGCUACGAUGUCCAAAUCGUCUUGCGUUGAUAAACCGUUCCAGGAUGACGACCAUAUUUAUGGAGAUGAUUGGAGCAGUGAUGAUGAUGAUGUUUAUCAUGAUGACCGUCGCUCUUCAAUGUACCGACAACUAGAGGAACAACUCAACAAAGCUUUUCCCGAAUACGCGUCGAGAUCUCAACUCUCAUCCUCUGACUACGAAUCCGCCGACAUCCUUCUCUCCGACCCCCCAUUGAUUCCCCAACGUCCCAUCUCCUCGACAAUCAUGCCGGACACUGAAAAGUACGUGGCUCGUCCCGCGGUCGGUCACCUGCCAUUAGAUGACUCAUGGUCCGCCACCUCCACAUCUGUCCCCGAUGAGCCAUCACCCGCAGAAGAGGAAUACAAGAGACAGUACACGUGUCGAAUGGUUCCCAACGAGCAGCCGUUGUAUCAACAUUAUAUGAUGGAGGCUGUAGUGGUUGCAAAUGAAAAUGAAGAGAAAGUUGUGAUGGAGGAGAUUAAGGAGGAGCCAGUGGAGAUGCCUAUUAUUCCAGAAGUCGUCGCGUUGAAACCAGCGACCCGCCGCGAGUCGUCCAUCUCCUCUGACUCUGGCCGUGGCGCCGACUGCUCUACGACCUCCGCCUCCGCCCUCACAUCCAACACAUCCAUGAGACGUGACCGUCUCGUCGGAACAUCGAACUUCGGCUCCCAACGAAGUCUCUGGUGUGAGCUACCGGAAGUCCGUGCCGCCGGACUACUCGAGAAGCUCGACGACGCGUGUAAACUGAGACAGGAGGCCUACUUCGAGGUGAUCACGUCGGAAGCGAGUUAUUUGAGAUCACUGAAUGUUCUGAUCACUCAUUUUAUGGCGAGCCCGCAGAUGCUGGGGUCGAAGUCAACGUUGUCAGUGUUGUCGGAUUCUGAUAGGAAGCAUCUGUUCAGUAAUAUAUUCGCUGUGAGGGAUUGUUCCGAGAGACUCCUCUGCGACCUGGAAACCCGUCUCGAGGAGAAUCUGAUCCUCGACGACAUCUGCGACAUACUCUCGGAACAUUUCGAGAAAUACUUCGAGGUCUACAUCAAAUACUGCUCCAAUCAAGUCUACCAAGACCGCACAUUGCGUCGCCUGAAAUCCGACAACGCCGGUUUCCUGUCAGCAGUGCAGAGACUAGAAGAGAAUAAGCAAUGCCAGGGACUAGACAUGAGAAGUUUUUUGAUGCUUCCAAUGCAACGAAUCACCCGGUACCCCCUCCUACUGUACGCUAUCCUGGAUAGAAUCCCAACUAGUGAUGAGAGAUAUAAAACUGCCACCGACGCUCUAACAUCUUCGAAUCGGGUGGUACGGGAUUGCAACGAGGGCGCCAGAAGGAUGGAGAGAACGGAGCAGUUGCUAGAUAUAGAUCGCCGAUUAAUCUACAAAGACGCGGAUCUCAAGAGGAUCCCCCUGGUGUCCAAUAGCAGGUACCUGGUCAAAAAAGGAGUUCUGACCCAGCUAGUGGAACGGAGAUCCUCAAACAUCCUGCAAAGUCGGCAGAAAGCACGGACCCUUCAUGUCUUCCUGUUCUCCGAUAUGAUCAUGAUUACGAAAAAGAAGUUAAACGGAACAUUUGUGUGUAAGGACUACGCGUCGAGAAGAUUCGUUGAUAUGCAACCGAUUGAGCCGGAUAACCCGAAAAUUCCCAUUGGAGCUGUUAGUAACCUGGUCGGACGGCCCCAUUUGUUCUUGUGUACCCUUAUGAGGAAUGCCAGGGAGAAGCAGACAGAGUUGUUGCUAUCUGCGGAUAGUGAGACGGAUCGGGAGCGGUGGUUGAGUGCAGUCAGACCUCCUACAUCUACUAACCCGGAAGAGCGAAUCUACGCCGAGUGGGAUUGUCCACAGGCGGUCGUCAUGCAUGCCUACCAGCCAUCUCAGGCCGAUGAACUACUUCUCAAUGUUGGCGACUCGUUGAACAUUCUAAGGAAGAUGCCAGAUGGAUGGCUGUACGGAGAACGAGCUGGCGACGGGAUGGGCGGAUGGUUUCCGUCAUCGUACGUCCAACCGAUCAUCAACGAUCACACACGAGCGAAUAACUAUCGACAACGGCUACGUAUCAUACAGGCAGCGGCGGGUUGGCACGGAAACGCUUCUCCUUCGACAACUCGGAGUGGGGGGAUGCCCCUGAUGGAUCGUCUCCGCCGGAUGUCCAAUCCGAAGUCAUAUUUCACUCAGUCUGGCACUGUCGGACUGUAA